ACAAUUUCUGUAUAAAUAGCUAGUUCAAACUUCAGUCCAGUACUUACAAAAAAGACGAAGAGAAGAGCAGAAGAAUACCAGCAUCGAUCAACUUUAUCGGCUAGUUUCCAUACCAACAAAAUGAAAGUUCUGAUCAUUGUAGCCGUUUUCAGUGUUAUCGCACUUGUUGCUGCAAAGCCAAACAAACCACGUGACUUCAGACGCGGUGGGUUUGGACAGGGAUUGGGAAGGUUCCCUAAACUCAACUGUGAUAAUGUCGGAGAAGUGGAUUGUAGCGCGCUGAAAGAGAAACAGCUUUGUGACCAGAACGGAGAACAGUACAGAAACUAUUGUGCCUAUCUUGAGAAGAACUGCCCUCUUUCGGAGUCUGCAGAAAAGCCUUUCCGUUGCAACGCUGAUGGAAAUCCCCUAGCUAGAGAGGAACGCCCAGACAGUCGGCUAGAGCGUAGACCGUUUUUUCCGAACAAGAGGGAAUUGUGUGUUCUGAUCAAAAAUGCUGACUGCUCCGACCCUGCUCUUCCCGCCAGGAAGAUUUGUGACAACAUGGACGGUGUCUAUAAUAAUAUUUGCGAGUUCCUGCAAGCCAAAUGUGCCACACCAGAACUGAGGCCAGCUCAAUGUCCAGAGCCGACCACACAGUCUCCUGGAGAUGAGACCACUGAAGAUUCCCAAGUGCCAUAAGCUGUACACACAUGACGUCAUUUGGGAUAUGUUUGCUUGACUGACUUCAUGUUCAUGUCACAGCGCUGGUGACGUCACUGAUUGUUACAUGUGUGAAAAUGAAAGAGCUGAUAGACCAAAGUGUUACGUUAAACAAUGACCCCUUCUUUGGUUUAUCUUUUUAUGUAUAUGCACUUGAACAUUUACUUAAAAACCAGUGUUCCUACAGAUUCGUUAUCCCAAGCCAACUUUGCAUAAUUUCUUUCUUUCUGUUUAUUCUCGUAAUUCCUGAUUUAUGCUAUUUAUAUGGACGUGCCAAAUUCAAAGUGCAGGACACUCUUUGUAUUUAAUGCUGUUAAAGUUUUAUAGGAGCGAUAAAAGAAAAAAUAAAAAUAGAACAAUUAAAUUUA